UCGCAAGAACCAAGAAGACAGCCUCCCCUCUGGAUCUUUGUUUUUCUCGGAAACCUCCGGCCACUCGAGUGUCCAGUCUACUGGAAGUCUUGAAUUAACGGGGCGAGGUGUGGUCGUGUGGAAGCUUGCGCUACAUUUCCACACACGUACCCGUGGAUCGGUCGAUGCUAUAAAAAACGCCGGCCUCGUGCUCUCCCGAUCUACUCACUCGCGCCGACGACGAGCCUUGGUCGCGGGCAAUAUAUCACCUCGGUUCGCCAGUUCAGACUCAACUCCUCGCUUUACGUCGCGUCGCGGCAAGACCGCCAGAGAGAGUAGUGGUGUUGCCUGUUGAUCGAGAAUUCGAGGUCGACGAGCUAGUUAUAGUAGAUUGCCAUGCCGCCGAACAAGCGGGAGCUCGAGGAGACCGGCGGCGGCACGCCGUCGCUGGUGCCGGUGCUCAAGAAGCGCUGCCGGUCCUUCGACCUGGAGAUCAGGGGUUGCCGGCAUCUGCAGGAGCUUGCCGCCGCCGUGAAGGUCAACCUCGAGGCCGCGCUCGAGUCCGCCGUCGCCCGGAUACCAGAGGAGGUUGCCAAAGCACUGACAAGCUUCUUAAGCCGUGCUCCUAGUUUGUGCAGAACUCUGGUUGAUCAGAACCGGCCUCCGAGAUACAAGCUCACCUUCCUGAAUGGCUUGGGCACUGAAGUUUUUACAAAGAAGAACAUCUUCGACACAAAUGGGGAGCCUCUCAAGAUAUGUAUUAUAGCAAACUACCAGGAAGAAUCGGAUCCUCGUUUUGUUUCUGCAAAGAUCAGGGUUGUUGUUCUUGAUGGUGAUUUCAAUAGACACAACCAAGAAUGCUGGACGUUGGAGGAGUUCAGCAACUCCAUAGUACGCCCACGAGACAAGGUUGGGGCUGUCCUGACAGGAGAUCUUGAGCUUAGUCUGACAAAUGGAAUCGCUUGCCUACGUGACGCUACUUUUAUCGAUAAUUCCAAAUUUGUGAGGAGCGGCAAGUUCAGGCUUGGGGUUAUGGUUAUUGACAAUCUCGGUGAACGAGUCCAAGAAGGCAUCACUAAACCUUUCACUGUCAAGGAACGGCGUGGCGAAGGAUACAGAAAGCAUGAUAUACCAUCAUUGAAUGACGAUGUGUGGCGCCUGAAGAACAUCUCAAAGGAUGGUCCUCUUUAUGACGCGUUGAGAGGUUCUGGCAUUUUGUGUGUCAAGGACUUCUUGAGGUUGUAUUAUAAGGAUCAGCAAGCUCUUCGCACAAUUCUCAUCAAGGCCAAAGAAUCAGCUUGGACGACUAUUGUUGAGCAUGCUAAGAAAUGCGAUCCUGGACGAGAGUUAUAUUCUUUUCUUGUUGAAGGCUAUAGUGUUCUGCUUUUCUUCAAUUCUGUAUAUCAAAUUGUUGGAGCGAAAUUUGACGACAACUAUUCGCCCUUUGAUGAUCUUGAGAAUGCUAGAAAGGACCUGGCCAUACAAUGGAGUAAAGUUGCAUACAAAAAUAUGACCUACAAUCAACCGGAUUAUGAAAUGGAUGAUGAUUGCAAACCAAGACCAAUCAAUCAGGGAAUGUUCCACGGAAUUAACAUGCUGGAGAGUAAAUUUACUGACCUUAUCAUGCAAGGCCAUAUUGGUGAAAAUACCAGAAACAUUUGUCAAGCUGAUAAUCAACAAGGUACUUCGGGUAGUCAUUCCCAGCAGUGCGCAUUAAAAAGGCUAGGAUCCAUUCGACUUACGCAAAAUUAUGACGAUGAAUCACUUGACUUCAAUGUCUACCUAGACUCUAGCUCUGAACAUUGUGCGAACACCUCUGCAACUGACAUCACAGGUUUAGUCACACUUCAUUGCCCAGCUACCGUGGCAAAUGGAACUACAAUGUCGUCUAUUGUUCUGACACAAGCAUCCCUAACGAUGGAUGAUGAGGUUUACAACAUACCCUUGACAGAGAAUGAUGCUGCAGUCCCCCAGUUCUGUGAAGAGCAACAACCAGAGGGAGCUCACUUUGGCGCCUCUCUUUGUGCCGUCGGAGCUCUGUCAGACUCUCCUUUGUACUCAAGGCAUAGCAGCUUCAAAGAGCCCGGUUGCCAUGAUACGCCGGAGCUGGGAGCAGAACCGGCUGUGUGAGGAAUGUCCGGCUGUGUGAGGAUGUCUAAGUGGAAAUAACGAAUUAAUAAAUAAAACAUCGAUCCGUUGGUUUGUCAGUCUCAAGAUGCCCUCUGGGGAACGGCAAGCACAAGUUAACUGACAACAUCGAUCGAGUAAAUGUUGUUGGAGAUGUGUAUAGUGAAGAUAUUUUUUCACUCAAUUUUCAGCUUGCUAUUAGUGAUUAGCUUGCAGCAUUUUAGAGCUUUGAAUGCUGUUCAUGUAUUGCCACUUAAUGGGCUAUCAAAAUUGUUUGACCUUGUUUGGUGAGAAUAUAAAUUUCAGCGAACAACCUACAGUGACAUUCCA